AUGAAUCCUUCUACAACUGAAAGGAACUGCCAAGUGACCGCUUCCGUUUUCAUCGGCGAUGAUGGCAACACAAUGAAUGAUACUGUCUCAGCAGACCAGAUGAGCCCGAAUCCAAUGCCAAGCCUGCUUUCCAUUCUGAAUGGCGACAUCAUCAGCCAUAAUGAUGCCAUUCCAAGAGCAACAAACAGUACGACAUGCCCAUAUCCACUGCCCGAAGGACAGUGUCCUCUCCCUUUUCACUCAGAAGAGGAACACAAGAAACACCUAGUUUCCAUUCUCGACCAAGCUCUUGCAGUUCUCGAGACUUCCGACUUUAUGGAUACAGGCGCAUCCGAUUUUCCAUCUGGUUCCUCUACUUUCACUUUUGAACUAGCACGGCAGUAA